GUCUUAUUUUUACCAGGCGGUGCGUCGGGUAUGUUUGCCGGCAUUCCGAUGAAUUUGAUCGGUCGUACUGGUACCGCCGAUUACGUUGUCACAGGCUUUUUCUCAGCACGAGCUGCAAAAGAGGCAGCCAAAUACGGAAAUGUUAAUUUGGUGUUGCCAAAAGUUGGUAAAUACACCACCAUUCCGAAUCAAUCGACAUGGAAAUUGAAUGCGAAUGCAUCAUACGUGUAUUAUUGUGACAAUGAAACUGUUGACGGAGUUGAAUUCCCGUUCAUUCCAGAGACAAAUGGCGUCCCAUUGGUUGCUGAUAUGACGUCAAAUAUUUUCUCAAGGCCGAUCAACGUUACGAAGUUUGGAAUCAUUUUCGCUGGUGUGCAAAAGAACAGUGGUCCGUCUGGUGUAUCUGUGGCAAUUAUUCGUGAUGAUCUUUUGAACGAUGCAUUGCCAAUCACCCCUGGCAUUUUGAGCUUCAAAGAACAAUCGGAUGACAAUUCUCUAUACAAUACUCCAGCUACAUUCAUCAUUUACAUUGUUGGCAAAGUAUUGUUAUGGAACCAAAAAAUGGGCGGUGUCAACGCAAUGUAUAAGCAUUCACUUAAAAAGUCGCAAUUAAUAUACAGUCGCAUUGAAAAGUCCCGCGGAUUUUAUAGUUGUCCGGUUGAUAAACCAUAUCGAAGCCGAAUGAAUACGGUGUUCCGAGUCGGCGGUGUGAAUGGCAAUGAGACAUUGGAAGCUGAAUUUUUAAAUGGAACAGAAGAAAAGAAAUGGUCAAUGGUCAAUUUGAAAGGUUAUUCAACGGUUGGUGGUGUUCGUGCAUCUCUUUACAAUGCCAUCACAAUUGAAGACACCGAAAGACUUGUCAAGUAUAUGAACGAAUUUUUGGCCAAACACAAAAAAUAAAAUAAAACAAAUAAACAAGCAACCUUUUAUCUUAAGGCUUAAGCAUAAUUCCAAAAAA